AUGAUGCACAGCUUCAUGGGAGGGGGCCUAUUUUGUGCCAUCGUGGGGAACAUCCUGUUGGUGGUCUCCACAGCCACAGACUACUGGAUGCAGUACCGUCUGUCUGGCAGCUUCGCCCAUCAGGGCCUGUGGAGGUACUGCAUGUCUGGCAAGUGUUACAUGCAGACUGACAGCAUUGCCUACUGGAAUGCCACUCGUGCAUUCAUGAUCCUCUCUGCCAUGUCAUGCUUUGCUGGCAUCAUCGCAGGAAUCCUCUCCUUUGCCCACUUCUCAGCCUUUGAGAGGUUCAACCGCUCAUUUGCUGCAGGGAUCAUGUUCUUUGUCUCAACUCUCUUUGUUCUGCUUGCAAUGGCCAUUUACACUGGAGUGACUGUGAACUUCCUGGGAAAGCGCUUUGGUGACUGGCGCUUCUCUUGGUCCUACAUACUAGGCUGGGUGGCACUGCUCAUGACCUUCUUUGCAGGUAUAUUCUACAUGUGUGCCUACAGAAUGCAUGAGUGCAGAAGAGUGGCCGGCCCACGUUAAAGUUAGCAG